AAGAACUAAGAGACUUAAUAUUUAAUUGAGAGAUAUUUUGAGUUGUGAGGUACCCCACAAUUUCAAUCAUAUUCAUUCAUCUCUACUAGUACGGGCAGUUAAAGGGAAGACACUCGUUUUCAACCUCAAACUCUUACCGAGGAAGAAUGAAUGAAAAACACUAAGCAUCAUCAUCUUCUUCUUCUACUUCCUCUUCUUGUGACCAGAACUUUGUUCAUCGGUAAACAAUGAAGGAGUUGAUUCUUGUUGCAGCUCUGUUGACAAUAGAGUUGUUGGACGUGAUCGUGUACACUGUAAGCAAAGCAGCAAUGAGAGAGGGCAUGAAUGACUUCGUCUUUGUCAUGUAUUCCAAUGCCUUUGCAGCAUGCUUCCUUCUUCCCAUCACCUUUUUCUUCUAUAGGAAAACACCUCUUCCACCACUCACAUAUUGCAUACUUGCCCAAUUAUUCAUUAAUUCCCUUUUAAGUUGCAGUGUUCAGAUGCUCAGGUAUCUUGGAAUAGGUUACAGUACUCCUACUUUGGCCACAGCUAUGUCUGAUUUAAUCCCAGCUUUUACCUUCAUACUUGCCAUUCUCUUCAGGAUGGAAAAAUUGAAUUGGAAAGCUAAUAGCACUCAGGCCAAGUCCAUUGGCACACUCGUAUCAAUCACUGGAGCUUUCAUAAUUACUCUAUACAGAGGCCAGGCCAUCAUAAAUAAUCAUCCAUCUUUACACUUGUCUUCUAAUAAACUUGGUUCAUCUGAGCAAUUUCACUGGAUAAUAGGGGCAGUGUUGCUUGCGACUCAUAGCUUUGUUCUCUCUUUAUUGUUUAUAGUUCAGACAUGGAUAAUCAGAAAUUACCCUGCAGAGCUUGUGAUAGUACUCACUCGAGCUAUAAUAGUCUUUAUGAUAUCUCUUCCGGUUUCACUGAUUUCAGUAAAGGAUCCAAAAGCUUUGAGACUGGGAUUUAAUGUGCAGUUGGUAGCUAUUAUAUGUGCAGCAAUUUUUACUGUAUCACUUCGAAGUAUUGUUCAUAUAUUGGUCAUGGAAAAGAAGGGCCCUCUCUAUGUUGCAAUGUUUAAGCCAAUUGGAAUAAUUUUUGCGGUCAUCUUGGGUAUUACUUUUCUUGGAGAUUCUCUCUAUUUUGGAAGUGUAAUUGGAGCAGCAGUAGUGGUUAUUGGUUUUUAUGCCGUUAUUUGGGGGAAAAGCAAAGAGAAAGCAGAGGAAGAGUGUGAAAUGUAUACCUCGGCAUCGUGCUCAACUGUGGUCCCUCUUUUGCAGAACAAGAAAAUUGAGGAGUAGAAUUCUGAGGCAAUGAUAAUAAUGGAACCAAAUAUUUUAAUAUCCUUGUUAUUACUUUCAACUUGGCCCGCUAUUAGAAAAAUAUAUUUUUAAAGGAAAUCCUAAAUUUACAUGAACAUACUUUUGUCCCGACCUUCAAGUUCAAUGUCUCGUGUAAUAUUUGAAAACAGAUUGAAUUAGUAAACUUUUUUAGUCAUA